GAUCGAAGAUCUCAGAUCCAAAUUUGUGAAAGUUGCCUCGAAUUUGCUCGUGAAGUGAAAUACAACACACCCCUCGAGUCUUCUAUGCUAUGGAGAGCGUACACCCCUUGAAGUCACUCUUGCAGUUCCAACUUGCCUCAGAUGCCCAGGCUGUGGUACAUCUUCCAUAUAUUCUCACCGUCUUGCAGGCCGACGACUUAAGACCCUCCGAAAACAUUCACAAAUGGACGACCCGUCUAAAUGCAUUGAUUUUCUCAAAAGAUGGCGGGGCACGCUGGGCAGGACUCUCCUUAGCUCUACAGACCGCUAGCUUUUCUCAGUCUAUCAUGCUUGAAUAUGCGCAGAGUUGGGUUGGAGCUGCGUUACCUAUGUUGUCUAAAAAAGAACCGCUACCUACUCUUAAAGCUGCAAUACGGCUGCUCAGACGCAUCUUUACAAGUGCGACUGACGUUCCUGAAUUCCAAAGACAAGUGUCAACUCCAAACGUACCCAAGUUUAGCCAAGCUUUGAUUUCACUAGGAGAUAAAACCGAAGAUGAAGAGCUCAAGAUUCUUUGUCUGGAUACUCUUGCACACCUCGUUCCCCUCUAUCCCACUCUGCACCGCUCAUUACACGCUGCUCUGUCAAGUUCUGCUAUCAAGUUCCUGAACGGUGCCACCCCUCAGCCCACAUCUUCACGAUUGCUCUCUUCCGCUUCACGACUAAACGCAUUGCUCCAUUAUACCGGGGGCAAGGUGGGCGCUGCUACCCAAUGGCGGAAAGCCGUGGAUGACGCCAUUCUUUUUACCUGGGGAUCAUUCAUGAGUAUCAGAACUACGUUCCCAGCCCCAGGCAAUCCGGAUGUCUUCGCACCUCAACCUGUUUUCAACCAGGAUCCCAUUGUGAACAUCCCAUUGAAUGUGGACCGUCUGCGGGCUGCCGUAGUUGUACUGUGUGAUCUGAUGCACACCUCGAAUCCUCGAGCUGUCGUGCUGCCAAUUGGGCCUCUUGUCCGCCUAUGCGUUGCAUUGAUUCGCUGUACACCCGACGAAAAGAUCGAGGGCCAUGUCGAUCCUGUCAUCCACACGAUGGAGCUCUCCGCGAUUCCUCACAUCCAAAAAUUAGGUUGCGAUCUAGUGCGCGCACUGGCAUUCUGCACCCACCAACAUUUGACACCACAUAUGUCUCAAUUGCUCUUUUACUUGGUCCACCAACUUGAAAAACAAUAUCCUUCUCAAGAACGUCUUCCUUUCCUGCAAGCAACCGCAUCCCUGGUACAUAACUGCGCACCACCGCACGAUCCCCUCCUCCACUCUCGCGUCACAAGAGCCGUCCUUCCAUUCAUCAAUCACCUCUUGGCUACUCAAGCCGAGGUCCAACGUGACACCGACACCACUACCAGCGGGUCCAAGUCGAAGAGGGGUAAGAAGAGAGCGAAGGGUUACGAAGGUGAUGAAGUGUUCAGCGUGAACCGCUCGAUUAUUUGCCCUACCAAGUCUGAUGGGGACGUCGUACUUGCGACUCUGGAACUAUUGCAACUCAUCCUUCGCAACGGUUUACUCACACCUGCCGUACAGUCCAUCGCCACGAGAGUGCUACUGUCGAUUUACGUUGGCUUACCUCAAACUCCUCCCGUACACAUCUCUCUUGAUACCUCGCUUCAUGGUAGAAUUCUUGAGAAGGUGUCCAGAAUAUGCGCAGAGUUCGCUGCCGGCACCACGAGUACCAUGAGCAAGAGCUUAGGCCUGGUGCUCGGUACAUCUCUGCAGAGUCCUACAUCAUCUGGUGUCACAAGAGAACUCGAGCUCCUUUUACACCCUCGAGCGCCGCCGCUUGUUAGAUCACUUCCACACAUCGAGACUCUAUCUCUCUUCCAAGCGGAAGAAAGUCAAGAGGAGCAAGAGGCGCGUCACACACUACAAAUCGGUGUUCCGGGUGAACUAGCAGCGGCGACCCAGGAGCCUGAUGUUGCGAUGGAUAUUCAAUUGAUCUCCAGUUCGCAUAUCGCACCCCCGACAAAUCAUGUUGUGCCUGUGACUGUUCCGACCGUUCCAUCAGGUCCUUCAAUGUCUGUUGUACAGGCCCCUCCCCGAGCUGCUCUUCAAGUCAUUCAGCCUGCCGUUCCUGCACCAGCCGUCACUCCCUCGACUGCUUCUUUUCAACCUCCUCCAACCUCAGCGUCAAUACCAAAAGCUAAUGACUCAUCACUAACAAGAUCUAGUGCGAAUACCUCCACAACAGCCUCGAUUGCGCAAGCUACACCACCUGUUUCAAGUAGCAGGAUGGUGGUGGAUGACGAAGACGAGGAUGAACCUAUGCCAACCAUUGAUGUAGAAUCCGACUCCGAGCUGGAGUAGAUGAUGUGAAGGCACAUUGCGUUCGAGUCAAGGGUGAAAAAAGUAUGGAUAGACCUUUAUCCCAAUCUUACAGAAUGUGACGUUUCCUCUCGGCGUAUGCGUUUAGUCCGUUGGCCACUGUUGUCAGUUGUGAUGGUUUCGCCCUCUUCGUCAGAAUCUGGGGUAUCUCGGCGGUCAUUGCUUUGUUGCUGUGACAGAGACGGGAUCUGUUCACAUACAAAGCGAUAAUUAAUCACGUGAAGUGUCAAUGGGUCGAGAUCUACUCACCCUUUCGAUCCAACUAGAUGCGAACUCAUUUUCUGGAUCUAGGACCCUCGCCCGUUCGAAGAAGACUUGGGCAUCACGAAGCAUACUUGCGUUUAAUUCGGCUUGACGAUCUGAGAGGGUGUUAUAGAUAGCAAGAGCCUAUAUGAAGCCAACAUACCAUCAUACUGAAUGUCAGAAUCUUGUUGCCCCUGAGAGAGAUAGAGGCAGAGAAGUCCAGCGUAUAUGUGUAAGAUAGGGUUGUCCUCGUAGGGCGGAGAGGGAAGAUACCUGAGUUUGUGGUAUAAACACAAAAUCGGGAAUAAGGCUAAAGAAUACGCACAACUCCAGUUCAUCAAGUGCUUUCCUAUGC